GGCCUGAUUUGACAUUUUUUUUCAAGUUCGAGGCCCUAUCUGACCCUUAUCCCUCUUAUAAAUAUUUAAAUUGUUUUUCAGCAAAAUUUACAUUUUCUUUUGUUGUUUAUUUUUCUCUGUGAAAAUGUCUGCUUAUAAUCAGUAUGGAAUGGCUCCAUUUAAUGGAAAAUCUGAUUUUGACAUUUGGAAGCAAAAACUUAAAUGUAUUUUAAUACAACAAAAAUGUUUUAAAGCAGUUGGCGAAACCUAUUUAAUUUCUGACACGGAAGAUAAAAGGGCUGAAAUGAAUGAAAAUGCAUGUUCUGUGAUUUAUUUGAACUUAUCUGACUCUGUGAUUAGAAAAAUUGGAAUUUUAGAUAGUGCUAAAAUUUUGUGGGAUAAAUUGAAUGAACUGUAUACUGAGACCCCUUUGCCUAACCGGAUAUUUUUACUUGAAAAGUUCUUAAAAUUUAGACUCGAUAUGUCUAUAGAUAUUGAAGAAAAUCUAGAUGUUUUUACCAAACUUAUUUCAAAUAUUAAGUUGUGUGGUGAUAAGCAUAUAGAUGAUUAUUCUCCCAUUGCUCUUUUAAAUGAUAUUCCUGAUUUCUUUAGUAAUGUGAAAUCUGCUAUUAAGUAUGGUAGAGAUAAUGUGACUCUUGACAUUGUGGCAAAUGGUCUUAAGAGUAAGGAAUUAGAUUUAAAACAGAUGGGUGAGGGUAGAAAAUCCGAGGAGGUUAUGCAUGUGAGGGGUAGAGAAAAUAAUAGUAGACGACAUAGAUCUAAGUCUAGGUCUAAUUCGAGGCGUUGCUAUUAUUGUCAUGAAUCUGGUCACUUCAUAAGAGACUGUCCUAAAUCUAAGAAAAAUGAGCAUAGUGAGCAUGCUAAUUUGACUACGUGUGAUGAUGAUUUAGGUGAUGUGCUUAUGAUGAGAAAUCUAUGUGCUUAUGACUAUUUGAGUUCUAUGAUAUCUGAUUCUUUGGGUAAAUCAGAUUGGGUGGUGGAUUCUGGUUGUAGUUUUCACAUGUCCCCUUUGAAAAAUGUUUUUUCAAACUAUAGAGAGAUUGAGCAUGGCUUUGUGUCUUUAGCAAAUGAGAAGAAAUGCAAUGUGCUAGGAAUAGGAGAUGUGUGCCUUAGGUGCUCUUCUGGUUAUGUGCUUACUAUGAAGAAUGUUAGGCAUGUUCCUGAGCUCUGCUGUAAUUUGCUAUUUUGUGCUUCUCUUGAAAAUGGGGGUUUGAAGGGAAAAUGGGGAAAGGGAAUCAUGAAAGUUGUGAAGGGUUGCUUAGUUGUUUUCAAAGUUGAGAUGAAAAACAACUUGUAUGUUUGUCAUGCUGAACCCCUACUUGAUUCUGUGAAUUGUGUGCAACCCUGUGUGCUAGGAAAACAGUCUAGAGUUGGUUUUCCUGAUCUGCCUAAGUGUAUCGAUGUGCUUGAUUGUAUUCAUGUUGACUUGUGGGGUCCUUAUAGUGUUUCCACUCAUGGUGGGAAAAAUUAUUUUCUGACGUUGAUUGAUGAUUUUUCAAAGAAAGUGUGGGUUUUGUUGAUUGAGAAUAAAUCUGAAGUUUUUGAUAAGUUUAAAAACUGGAAAACCCUUGUUGAAAAACAAACCAGUAAGAAAAUUAAUUUUUUAAGAACCACUGUCAGUUUUGAUUUCUGUGAUGAUCAGCUUGGUGAUUUAUGUGAUACUUGGGGUAUUUCUAUGCAUAAAUCUGUUCCCUCCACACCCCAACCGGAUGGGGUUGCUGAGAGGAUGGUUAGAACUUUAUUAGAGAGGGUGAGGGCUAUGUUAGCUUCAUCUGGGCUCUCUAAUAAGUUCUGGGGGGGGGGGGAGCUAUUUGUUAUGUUGUUGAUUUGGUUAAUCUGUCCCGUCUGUUCCCUUAUGAGGGAAAUGUCCUAAAUCUGUGUUCAUGGGCAAACCGUUUGACUUGCCAAAUUUGAGAGUGUUUGGUUGUAUUACUAAGGAAUAUGUUUUCUUAGGAUAUCAUGAUUGCAUGAAAGGUUAUAGGCUUUGGUGUAGGAGUGAAACUUGCUUCAAUGUGUUGAUGAGUAGAAAUGUCAUUUUUGUUGAAAAUGAAUUUCCUUGCCUACUUGUUUCUCCUGAUGUUGCUCAAAAUGAGGUGGAGCAUUUGCCUGUUGAAGUUCAUUUCGAUUUACUUGUUGAAACCAAACCCAAAUUUGUGAAUGAAAAUGUUUUUCAUGGUGAAAAUAAAGAAAAUAAUAUUUCUAUUAAGGUGGAGCAUGAUAUGAAUGUUGUGUGCAAUAUGCUUGAGUUGCAUGAUUGCCAUGUUAUUAGAGAUAGAGACAUUAGGAAGCAUGUGAGAAAUUAUAUGUGCAAUGUGUUUGACUAUAUUUACUCUGAGUCCGCUUUAAAUGUGCUUAAUUCUCUUUUAAUUAAAAUCUUUGUGAUAUUUGGUAUGCUAUUUUCUUUGUGUUUUGAAAAUGUGAUACCAAGUGAUUGUGUGAGCUCUACCUGUGCUAGUUGUAGAAAUAAUAUUAUUUCUUGUAUUUUCUUUGUGCUUGUUAUCUGUGGUUGUUGGAUUAGUUGGAAUCCCCAACUUCUCCCGGAUGCUUGUUUGCGUGGGCUAUUAACAUACCUUGUGUUUGUUAAUAGCAUUGUGAUGGUUUCGGUUUUGAACUCGAGGACCUUAUGGUAAAGUUAAGUCCUUUAUGGACUCGGUAAGCUUGGUGAUUUUACCCCGAGAGUACUUGUGUCUCUCUAUUACUUGUAUUGUCUUUGUGAUUAUACUUGUAAUCAAUGUUCUAAAAGGCGCUAGGCGCUAGUCUGGCGCCAGCCCAGCGCCUAGCGCCUAGGCGGUUAGGCGGGUGCCUAGGCGGGGACUAGUCGGAGACAUAGAAAUUGCAUUUUUAUCUAUAUUUUUGCAUAAAUAUGAUAAGUAAUAUUGUAAUUUUGUGUGUAUAAAAUACAUAUAAACAUAUACAUUAACAAACAUGAAAGAUAGAAUUAUCACAUUUAAUCAUACGUAGUAUAUGAUAACUAAUCACUCAAUUUUAUUAUGUUAUAAAUAUAAAUAAUGAUAAAAUUUAGAUAUAUAUACAAACAUGUAUAAUUUUUUCUAAAUUUACAACUUCAUUUCUUUAUAUCCAUGAAUAAAGUGAAAGUACAUAUAUCGCUUGGAAAAUUUAAUUUAAAACGUAAAGUAAUGUUCAACGAAUCCAGACGGCCUAGGCGGCUGAUUAGGCGCUCUAGGCGGGCAACUAGGCGCCAUAGGCGGCCGACUAAUUUACCUAGACGACAAACCAAUUAGUCGGAGCGCCUAGACUAAAAUCGGGGCGCCCAGCCACCGCCUAGCGCCUAGGCGGGGACUAGUUGGGCGCCUAAAACGAUUUUUAGAACAUAGCUUGUAAUGAUCCGACAAUGAUGAGUCCGCGGUUCCGUGAUUGUCUAAGUGCACUACCUUGGGCCAAAGGUGGAGAUUGUUAAUAUAUUGUUAGCCCAAACGUUUUUUGUAUAAUAAUAAUAGUUGACACCCUAUUUAAGCCGCCCGCUACACCUUCUAUUCUCCACCAGACUGAUUUAAGCCUAUUCAGUUCUCUCGUUUGAAUCCUGAUUGAGUGGCAUUAUUAAGUUAGUUGUGAGAUAUUUGUUUGUGUGGUUGUGUUGGAAUAGUCCAACUUGCUUGAGCUGUUGCCAUGUAUUAUUGUCUGUCGUCCAAUCCUUAGGCUAAUACGCCAAAAGUCUCUUCUGUAUACAUAUGGGCAGACUUGCACCUUGUAAGCUAAGCCAGUUUCAUUAGUUGAACCUUGUUUCCUCCCUGGCCGAGAGAUAGUUCUGGUGAGGCAGCAUUCCUUCUUCUUCUUCUUCUUUGUGAGGCUAAAGUUAAGUGUGAGUGUAGGCGUGGCUAUCUAGGGAAGUUUCUCCCUUAGCUUAGGAGUGCACAAUAGACGAUCGGAAACCGAGCUCCGGACUGCCUGAGCCGGAAUACGGCGACGGAAUCGAUCCUCAACAACAAUAAUAAUAAUAAUUGAAAAGGUAUUGAAGUAAAGAAGAAAAGGUAGAAAAUUAUGAAAGAAGGGAAUAAAAAGUAGAAAGAGAUCAAAAAUUGAAAAGUAUUAGAAAACACAAUAUGAAAAGAGAGGAUAGAAAUUUCCAAAUAUGCAAAUUGGUCAAAUGGUGAUAAAGUUUUAAAAUAGAAAUAUGAGUCAACUAUUGAAGAAAUGAGGGAUACUCAAUUCUUCAACCACAUUAGGUAUUUUGCAUAGAUUUGCAUAAUGCAUAGAUAUGCAUAGAUUAAACACACAUUAAUGAAUAAUAAGUAAGGUUGACAUGUGUAAAACAGAAGAAUACUCGGGAAAAGGAGAAAUAAAAGGAGAAAAGAUAAAAAGUGUGAGGUAGAUACUCUGUAUGAAAAAAGCAACAGACUAUAAUAAAAUGGGAAUAUGAGUCAAAUCUAUUAAUAUCUAAAAGCAAAAUGUUUUAGACUUGGUGCUUUGCCGCUCAAAAACAUCAUCAUCAUCUGAAGGCAUACGGUGUGUGAAUACUCUCUCCCAUUGAAAAAAUAAAAAUAAAAAUAUAAGGCAUACGGUGUAUGAAUACUCUCUCCCAUUGAAAAAAUAAGUUAGUACGGAGUAAAAUAUUUAUACAGUGCAUUAAAGAUUGGAGUAAAGAUUGUUUCAGACGAUGGUGCUUUUCAAAUAAUGUUAAAAUACAAUUUGCAUGGUCAGAAAUUUUUAAAGCAUAGUGAUAAACAAAACUUUUAAUACACCUUUAUACGUUUCCUCUGUAUUGAUGUGACUACACAAGAGGUUCAUUGUAUAUAGACCAAAAUAAAAAAUGAUACUGAGUAACCCGCAAAAAUAUAUGGUUCCAAUGAUCCAAUCUCGAAACAGUGUGGCGUCAUCUAUCAAAGGAUUUAGAUCUCCAAAGAUCUCACCGUGAACAACUUGCUCUGUAAAAAUAAAAAUACAAACAAAAAAAUACAAACAAGAUCACAAUCAGAUUUCCUGUACUAUAAAUAAAAUUUACAUUUUAAUUUAUGCUACGUACGGAGUAACAUAUACCGUAGCUCACUACUCAACUAUUAAUAGCCCCUUAUUCUACUGAGUUGCUCACAAGCUCAUCCAUUACUAAAAUUUCAGUAGUUCGAAAUUUGUGUGUAUACACAUAUUAUACACACACAUCUUCAUGGUGCUUUUAUUUUAAAACACAUAUUACAUUAAUUAAAGAAGAGAGUGUUCUGGGUUUGCUUGAAAAGGGUCUCAAUUUGUAUUCUCAAGCUCAAGGAAGGAUGAUCAAUGUCUAUGGAGUGCUUCUAUUUUACACGGUGAUGUUAUAUAAUUAUAUGUGUGUAUGUUAGAGCAUGUGCGUAAUACUAUAUUAUGUCCUACUAAUAAGUUCAUUGUGUAUGUUAACAUGGGAGAAUGAGUAUGAGAGUAUCACAAGUACAGAAAAAUCAAAUUUGAUCUGCAGUACUCAAGCAAUCUUCAAAUAAGGCAUAUUCAAUGAAAUCCAGACUUCCUGUUUCAGAAGAACAACAUACACAACAUACAGAGUAUGACUAAACAAGAUGAUAAAUUCCAAGUUCCCAUUCAACAAUAAAUUGAGAAAUUUUCAAAUUUCAACAUUUGUAUCCUGAAGAUAACAGUUGUACACUGAGUUCAUAAAGUCGUAAGUGUAAUCCGGUCUAAAUCAUUCAAUCGCCUUGGUCAGGGUCUAAAAAAUGUAAAAUUCCGUGUAAGAGUACAAAAACAUAUGAAGAUCUUAAACCAUUCUCAUGAUAUAUGCAAAGAAUAUAUCAAUAACUAAAGUGUAGGUAUAAUAUAAAGCAGAAUCUUACCUCAUUAUAGGUAGCACAGAUUGAACGAUCAAAUCUUCCUUUCAUUCGAACUGCCAUGCGGAAUCAAAUCUUAGUGUAGGGCUGCAGAAAAAGGUGAAAGAUUGGUCCAAUCCAAAUUUGCAGGUCUAAAAAUAUGAACUCCAUGAGAGAGUGUGCGCUUUGCCGAUGCCUUUGUGAUUGGGAAGGUGGAUAACACUGAGGAAGCAUAUCGAAGAGGGUAAGAGAGAAAAGGAAGAUAUAAGAGAGAGGCGGCGGAAAGCGAGAGGCCGUUGGCGCAAGAGGGAGGUGAGAUGAAGUCUUUGUGGGAUGAGAAAGAGAUGAACUCUAGAUGCUUCUCGGUGCUUCAUUUCCAGUACUGUACAAUCAUCUUCAAUCUUCAUGGGUGUUCCCAUAAAAUAUCAAAUUUUUUGGCUGAUUAAGUGGAUUCCUAACAACGAAAAUAAAAAAAGAAGUUCAUACGCACCUUUCUUUAUUUCAUACGGACAAACAUAUUUCCUUUUGUAAAUACUACUACUAAACACUUUAUAUUGUUAAUGCAUAAAGUCAUAAACUAAAAUAAAAUACAUAUAGGUUACUUUGAGGUUGACUAAUUUUACAUAAAUCGCUAAUUUAUUUUUAUUGAAGCAAGACCUAUACGAGAACAUUCUCAAAGUCGUCGAUCUAUAUGGGAAAGCCUCCGAAAAAUACAACCAUACAUAUACUUUGAUGCAUGCAAUAAAAUCAGAUCAAACUUAUAGAUCUAACAUACUCCGUAAAAGUUAAAAUUGAAAAGGAGGAGUAACAGAUUGACGAACUACUCCGUUAAUUGGAGGGGAGAAAGUCGGAGAACGGGUGCCGUCUGAUGGGGUGCUACUACGCCAAUCUUUCUGACAGGAGAAGAAAAUGUAGGAAAUGUGGUUUGUGGAGUUGGAACGUUUGUAAUGGAGGAGGGCAAAGGUGAACAAACACGAAAAGAGAAUGAGAAAGGGAAAUGGAACGGGAGAGAGUAGGUAAAGUUUUUUAACACAAUUGAAAUUUACCUUUAGUCUGAUAUCGCUUAGUUUUUUCAUUAUUGAGAUACUUUGAGUUCAACACUCAAAUUAGAUGCAGUAUGGUAACACUAAAAUUUGUCGAUUCUGUUGAAAUGGAUGAAGUGGAUGAAGUGACUUUAUUGAUUGGUUUUGCUGAUUUAUUUAAAUAUUAUAUUUAAAGUAUAUUUGUAAUUGAUAAACCAAAUAAAAAAUAUAUGAAAACUAGCCAGCCGAAGUGAUUUUCUGCCAUACUUCAGCCAUUACAGCUAGAAAAGUAACUUCAACUAUAAUUUUUUAUUAUUUUUUCAAAUUUCAGUGCCUGAAAACAAAAUUUUUGUGUUUGGUGAAAAAAUUAGGUGAUAAGCCUGAUAAGCCGAAAAAAGUGUCACCAAACAGACUCUUAUUCUACUAAUAUUUAUAAAGCUAUGAUUAAGAUUGUUGCAUGAGUUGAGUCUGCUAAAUAAUAGGAAAUUAUAUUUAAAAUAUAUUUUAUUAUAAAAUAGUUAAAAUAGUCAUCUUUGGAACAAGAGUUUUAUUUUGAAUGGAGAGAUUGUGUUGGGUCAAUUGGCUGGACAAGAGUUUUCGUUGCUCAGUUUUUGAGUCAAGCGGCGGUGUUUAUACAAGCUUUUAUUUUAUGAAGCUUUUGCUUUAAAAGCUUGACAUUGGUAGUGUUUAUAAAAGCUUUUGCUUUAAAAAAGCAUUUUAUAAAAUGUUUUUAGAAAAAGUGAUUAAUAUAAAAGUUGAUAGUGUUUGAGAAAAAAAUGAUUUUGAAAUGUACAAAGUUGAUAAUGUUUGAUAAAAUAUAUACUUUUUUAUGUAAUAGAAAAAGUAAAAAACAUAUGCUAGUCUUUAACUUUUUGGUGUUUUAUUUAAGCAGAAUUUGUUACUUAAAAAGUACUCUUUUUAGGGUUUUAAGCCAAAAACUGGCAAAUGCUUUUCUAAGCGUUUGCAAACACUCACUAAAACCUUUGGGUUGGGAAUAAAUUUAAGUCAUUUAGGGAAUGUUUGAGAUUACUUCUAUUUUUUUAAAAAAAUAUUAAGUGAUUUUAGAAUAAUAUUUAGUAGGAAAAAGUUGAUAGUAUUUGAGGAAAAAAUUGUAUUUGAAAAAUUAAAAGUUGAUAUUUUUUGAUAAAAAACGUUUUCGGUGUAAAUAUGCAUAUAAGAGUGUAAUGACAUGGGAAAAAAUUCAAAAGGACGCAAUGUGUAGCUAGAGGAGCGUACCCGGCCGGGUCUGGCAUGGAGUUAAUUGGGCAUGUCCUAAAUCUAUCCUAUAUCUAAUUAUUAUAACACUUCCAAUUGAAACUCAAAAUAAUACCAAAACAAAUAUUACACAUUCACAGAAACAAAAUAGAUGGAAGCAUCAAAUAUCCCUGCACAUUUCAACAUAUAGACAUGCGUUAGAAUCUUCAUAAAUGCAACCUUCAUGGCUUCAUGUGGUGCAAACAUACGUUUUAUUUAAUUGUGCUUUAAUGAAGUUAUUGUGCUUAAAUGAUGGCAUUACUUUUCAUAUACGGACUCAACUAACAUUUUCUCACACAUUCAUAUUUAAGUAUUGUUUAAUAAUGUCAUAACACACUUUCACAUAUUUGCACCCCACUGAUUUGCCAAUUCACCAGGGCAAUUCGUGUAAAAAAUGGAAUUCGUAUAAAUGCAUAGUCACCAUAUUACUUCAUAUGUUUAUGCUUAGACGACUUAUUUCAGUCUCAAACCAAACUUAAACAAACCAGACCAGAUCAUACUUGGAUAUCUAUUAAUAUAUUAAAGCAAAAUAAGUUUUGGAACAGUACUCCCGCUGAAAAACGUCAACAUCCAUGAAUCAUUUGUCUAUUCUUCAAAAACUUAAAAAUGAAAUUAAAAAGAAAUGCUUGGUGAAGUGUUUAAAAGUUGGCCGAUUCAACCACUAUUUCAAUGAAACAAUGUCUAUUGGUGAAGAUAGAGGUGGCACAGUAAAGUUGCAGUCCUGUUUAAAGAGAUGAAUUCCUAUUGGUGGAAUUUGGAGGUGAGCACAGUGAAUUAGAUCGGAUGAUGAUCAUGUUCGUAUUAUUAUUAAUCCUGAAGAUCUAUUUAUACGCACACAUGGAGAUCAUAUAGUUGCGAUGGUUGAAAACAUAUUUCCGGAAUAUGUUUAAUCUGCAGGUGACAUGAGUUGUUUGCGCGACUGUGCCAUUUUGGCACCGACACUGGCUAUGGUUGAGGUUGUUAAUGACUAUAUGAUGGCUCUUAAUGUUGGUGAAGUUUCAAAAUUAAAACAUAUCUUAGUUCUGACAGUGUUUCUAAUGUAGAUUCUACGACCGAUCUAAUGGCGGGAUUGCACACACCUGAGUUCUUGAAUAGUAUAAAAUUAUUUGGUGGACUGAAUAAUGAGUUAAGGCCUUAAGGGUUAAGGUAGAGACCCC